AUGGGAUCGGACUCUGGAAGCGAAUCCAAGGCUAAUGGAAAUGCUUUGCAGGCCACGACUUCCAAGAAAGUGCCGCUGAAGCUUGUUGACCAGGAUGGAACAAUGCUUGUCUUCAAUGUUAAGAUGAACACAACGUUCAGGAAGAUACUUGACGCUUUUUCUCGUAACCUUGGAAAGAACAGCUCUGAGUUUCGGCUACUGUUUAAUGGAAAGAACAUUGAUCCUGGAAAGACACCAAGUGACUUUGGGUUUGAAGGUAAUGAGGAGCUCGAAGUGGUGACCUCACAGGUGGGUGGAUGGUCUUGGUAA